GAGCCCCAGCAGAGUUUCCAUAUUUUUGUGGUUUUUCAGCCACUAAAUUUGUUUGAGGUUUCUUGCUCUUAACUUCAAAGUUCUCUGUGAUGCCUUCUGCCUCUGCUUUAUGGUGAUCUAGUUUGGUGUUCAGCCUUUUCCAGGCCCGGAGAAAAACACCUCCUGGUAAGGGUUCUACUGAAGAAACCAACUGCACAGCUCAAAAUUGCAUCUUCUCCUUAUUUUGAAUGCAUUUUUAUUUCAACAGAGGAGAAACAAGCCAACAUUCAUCCUUUCCUGCUUUGAUUUUUAGUGCCAAGCUCCUACAUUUGUCAUUUUUUAAAUUGCCUGGACCUAGAUUAAAAGGAGGAGGAAAAGCUAGGUGAUGAAAUAUGAAGAAAUCAUAAUUAAAAAUCAGUGGCUUUUCAUUUUUUUUUCUUCCUAAAGGGGAUUUCAGGGGAUCCAGUGUGGCACUGGAGAAGUGCGUGGGGCUGCCACACACACCUGGUUUGGGGGCUAGGUGCAGAAGAAGCUGCUGGGCUGAGUCUCCAGGUGCUGCCACAGCAGAUGCUCCUCGGCAGCCGUCGGCAAGACAUCUGCGCCGAGACAGGGCAGAACCUCCUGGGGUGAAAGCAGCCUUACCACCGUGAGGUGACUGUGCGUGGAAAGGGGGAGCUGGCACAAAACCCCUCCAUCGUUGACUCCACCGCCAUGGCCCGGUCGUGGCUCCAUCUCUGCAUCUGCCUCCAGAUCCCAGGUUUCUGUACAAAUCUACUUUUAUCCCAGACUCCAGAGCAUAUUUUAGCUCAAACUAACAAUAAAACAGAAAUUGUCUGUGAGCUGAAGAAGGAACAUGCUGGGGUGUACUGGUACCGCUGGAGCCAGGAGAGGCAAAAUUUCGAGUUCCUGAUAUUUUCCAGCUCUUUGGGCAAAGCCACAUAUGGCACAAACAUCAACAAGGACAAGUUUAGUGUCCAUGGGGUGAGCUCCCGCACCUCCUACAGCCUGCACAUCAGCCACCUCCAGGCCUCGGACAACGGCACCUACUACUGCUCCGUCUCCGAGUCCUCCCAGCUCCUCCUGGGCAGCGGGACACGGCUCGGUGUGGUUGAUGUUUUACCUCUGCCUCAGAAGACCACUCAGGCACCAGUCUCCAAAAAACCCAUGCGCUGUGCAACCAAGAGAAAUGCUGCCAGCGGGAAAGGUGCCUGCAGCCCUCUGGUCUGGGUCCCACUGGCUGCCAGCAUCCUGAUCCUCCUGCUGAGCCUGGUCCCCACCGCCCACCGCUUCCACCGUCUGCGGCGGAGGCUGUGGCUUCGCAUCCACAGGCAGUAAAUCCCACCGGCUUCCCCCACCUCCAGCAGGCAGGGAGAAGCUGCGGACCCUCCCCUGCAGAGUGCUGAGUCCUGCCUGAAGGUGAUACAGGAAGCAUGAUACAGGAGACAGACAUGGGCUUGCACUGCAGGACAGACAUUUCUUUCCUGUGACGGACCAUGACUUUAAUAUUUUUUCUUGAUGCAAAGGCUGGCAAAAGGACAGGGCCACAUCCUGCAGCGCGCUGAGCACCAGGACUGGUGUACCAAACGGAUUCAGAUGGGUUGUAAAGAUGCUCUGAGA